GCAAAUUUACCAGCUCUUGUCACCGAGUAAUCCAGUCCGCCACAGCAAGCUUUAUAAUCGGCGCAGCAUUUAUUUUUGAUGAAAACAGCAGUCAUCCAGGCGAUCAUACGAUGUUGUGCGCGAUCUUCUCAGAUUCGUCUCUGAUCCUUGACCAAGACUCAGCCUUUUAAGUUCAUAUGAAGCGCUGUAAGCGAUAGGAAAGCAUGAAUUCAUCAUCGCUUUCGUUGGACGAACUGCGUGUUUCCUUUCCCAGACAAGGAUCGAAUGUGCAAAAGCGAAACGUUGAUGGGGAAGAUAGCUAUAAUGGCGUUGACAACGCGAAAAUGAACCGUCUAGCAGUCGACAGAGAACUAAGAAAAAGGGACACUUUACUUUCGGGAGAUUAUUUCUUCACGGACGGAAACAGAGAAGAUGGAGAUGUGCGUAGACUACCAAUUAUUAACCCAGCAUCCAGGAAGCAGAAAGGCAAUUCGCAGCAAGCACGAAAGAAGGUUGAAAGAGGAGAUUUUAGUAGCCCGGGUAUGGAAGACUUAUCGACUUGGGGUAGACCAGCCACGGUAAAUACAAGAAGAAGAGAAGUCAAACUUGAAGGAAGCACAAACGUAAGGAAUAAAUCUAGAUCUCCAAGGCCACGUAACUGUGAGGAAAAGGCAAAAAAUUAUGAUAUGGAAGAUAUUGGCUCUUUAGAAAAUUCCCUUGGGCGUUUUGGCGAUACACGCUUUCGCCAGUCCCUCGACCAUUGCACCGAAUUACACGGGCAAAACAGAAAGCUGAAAUUAUUUCAUCCACCAUCUAGUCCAAAACCGGACCUUGAUUUCGAGGGGAAAGUCACCGAAUUUAAAGAAAUGGAGUUCUCGAUAAUCAAAGGCCAGAAUACAAAUUUAGCAGGAAGACGUAAGCACCGUGCUUUGCUAGAAUCUCCACGAGCCCAUGAAACGGAAAUAUUUCACGCCGAGUCACUUGAUGCAAGAAAGACGCCGAAUACUUCGAUGACAAAUUUAGGAAAGCCUGCUAUAAUGGGCCUAAAAGCAAACACUGAGGAAGGCCAAAGCCACUAUGAUGAAAGCACUAAACGAUCUGAUCUGCGAUCCCCGAGACCCCGAAAUUGCCAAGAUUUUGGCCGAAGGUUCGAAAGUGAUUCCAUCGCCGAAUCAUGUGUUGUUGAUAAGAAAGGUUCAAAAGGUCCUCCAAAUUCCCACAAAUUACCUCCCAAGCUUAAUUUAAAUGGGACAGCAAAUUCUUUACAGUUGGAACAAAAGGGAUUUUUGGCAUCGUCACCAAAAGAUAUUUCUCCUAGGCUAUCUCCAAAGGAAUCUGAAAGUAACGACCAGCCUUUAUUUGGCCUUUCGUCAAAAAGCCGUCAAGUGCAAGAACUCCCUUUAGAUCUUCCAGAAAAAGUCACCAGGUUCAUAGAGAUGGAGUUCUCUAUCAUGAAAGGAGAGACUGCGAGACUGAGUCACAAACAGAAGUACAUCGUUUCCACCGAUGCGGAGUGUCCUCGGGAAAAAGCUAUGAUUUUUCCCAAUCGUUUGAACUCGCGAAAAUCGGAACAAACUCUCUCGCUUUUACAAAGACGUGGUCGAAUGAAAAAGAGCUCGUCCUUAAACCUGAAAUAGUUUCACCUGUUUGAUAGAUAGAUUCCUUUUUGCACUGUGUUCACAAUGACGUCAAACGUGGGUGUAGUUGGCGUUCUUUAUUCCUGCAUACGGGAGACUUUUUGACUAAAGACAGACAUAACCGAGAGCAUUUUUGAUAUGAACGCAGAAAUGAACUUUUUAACGAAAGAGGGAAUAGCAUGAUUUUCAAGAGAACCGAGGGGGAAAUCAGUCCUAAUUGACAGGCACUAAGGGAGGGGGGACAUGAAAAAAGGCGGAAAAUACUCGAAGCAGUGGGAUCAAUUUAUUACCUUUUUAAUGAUCUUGUAUUUUUUUUAGCUUUGUUUGUUGUUCAGACACGAUCAGACACUGACCCUUGAGCAAUAUCCUCCAAUAAUGUUGGCCGGGAUUUCCUCC